AUGCCAAACCGAAAGAACGUGCGCGACCUGAGCAAGCUCUCAGGGAAUCCCCUCAAAGAAACUAUGGAGUCAAGUUGUCAAGUCCUGGAAAUGGACUCGGAUGGUUGGCUCACAUCUUCAGACCUUAGUGAAGCUGGAUUGUCCUUUUCUCCAGAAAAUUUCUACGAAACUGCAGUUUUUCUCAUGGCCAAUCCGAACAUUACUUCAAGCCACUUGUUCCGUGCGGAUAUAUUAUUCGACAGCCAGGGUAUCCUCAAAACACCCCAGCAGGACGAAGAGCUUGCUGGGACGUCUGGUGCAACCGCGCCAGAAAUACCAGAGACAACAGUCAUGGCCAAGCCUGCAGCUCGAGUGACUGGCUUCGAUCUCGUCAGAACUGUCAUUCGAAAAAUGAUUCCUCGAAAUCAAAAUAUUGACAAGCCAGUUGUCCAAACUUGUCAUUUCUACAAAUCCCAAAAUGCCCCCUCGGAAAGUGAUGGAGAGCACGCGAAUAAUGGCCCACACUUACAGCGACAACGUGUGCUGACUAUGACCCUUCCACACAUCGAGUCUCAAGAGGACAUUCCUUUUUACCACCCAAAGCUGAAAGGACUCGCUACUCUAUAUGACUUCCAAGGUUCAAACACCGGUGUCAUGUCUGUGCAUUUCCUGCCAUUCUCAAGUGAUAUCCCCGAUCGGCUAGAACGCACAUUGCAUAUCCUCCUCAACUUCUACAUUCGACUUACUCGUGGUGCUAAAGAUAAGCCCGAAAUCGAGAGCACGAACAAGACGAGCUCUUCCAAAGAUAAUCUCGUCCCUCGUCACAUGGCUCAAAACACCUAUGCACGACUCAAGACUCUAUAUGCCGCCGACCUUUGUGAAAACUGGGCUGAGAGCACCGAACCAAGCAAGCACGUCUAUGAAGAUUUGGCCAUCACCGCAUUUCUCAUUGAGCUAUGGCGAAUGAUGUACGGUGUCGUUCCACCGAAGGAGAAUCCCACUGAACACAACGAGGCUAGCAAAUUCCCGGGAUUCGUGGACAUGGCGUGUGGAAAUGGAGUGCUAGUCUAUAUUCUCCUCAUGGAAGGUUACUCGGGCUGCGGAUUCGAUGCCCGUCGACGUAAAUCAUGGAGCAUCUACCCUUCAUGGGUCCAGGAACGUCUCACGGAGAAAAUUCUCAUUCCCAAGCCCUUUGCAGAUAUCGCUGAAGCCGGUGAUAUUGGAAUGAAUAUAACCAAGGGUGAUUUCCCGCGUGAUACAUUCAUCAUAUCAAAUCACGCCGACGAACUUACCGUGUGGACUCCGCUUAUUGCUGCUCUGGCGUGUCCAGAAUCUCCUCUCCCAUUUAUCGCCAUACCAUGCUGUUCUCAUUCGCUUUCUGGAGCUCGAUAUCGCUAUCCCCUUCCAAAGGGAACCAAGCCGAAGACUUCCACUGGUGCCACAGAGAAAGCAGAUCAACAGACAGAGCAAAAUCCGCAGCCAGCCUCGGGCGACCUAAAAGCAUUGAGGGCCGCCAAACAAGCAGAGAAGACUGAGAAUGGCAUGUGGACAUCCAUGUAUGGUCUUCUCACGGCGAAAACUAUCACUGUCGCCGAGGAAGCUGGAUAUCAAGUAGAGAAGACUCUCCUUCGCAUCCCGAGUACAAGAAACAUGGGAGUGAUUGGAGGUCGGCAGCGAGUGACCGAGCAGUGGAGGCAGCUAGGGUCUAGUAGCACAUCCACAGCAGGCGAAGUUCAAGCAAACCAGGCUACUCGGGUUGUGCAGAAUGUUAUGGAAAUCGUCGAACGCGAAUGCUCAAGGGAAAGGGGAAUACAAGCUUCUGCACAGAUUUGGAUCGAGCGUGCACGGGGCCUCCAGAAGGACCAAGGAAAAGCCACCAACCACACUGACGAUGCUCAGAUACCCAAAUAG